AUACUGCUUAACAUGUUAUGGGUUAUACCAUCACUAUGCAGUGAGCAUACUGCUUAACAGCGGAGGAGUAGUUCUGUUAAGUAGCGAGAAAAACAAAUGCGGCGCCUGUUACAAAAUAAUGGACAACUUUUUAUGUCCCAACUUAAAAAUCGACAUGUGAAUACUACUGGGGCUGGUGCUGGCGCAGGGGUCACCGCUCAGCAGAAGACGAAGCAACAAUUCAGCAAAGCAAAACCAACUGACGCUGUCAGUAGAGGUGAUAAAUUCGGUGCCAAAUAUUGCAUGAGUCUUGUUGAAAAAUAUGACUAUGAGAAUUAUCUAAGCACACUCCUGCUACCGCAGGGGAUGCGUCCUGCUGCCUUUGCUCUACGCGCAUUCAACGUGGAAGUUUCCCGCUCUGUAAGCGGACAGGUGAGCGAGCCUCAAAUAGCAAAACUACGCCUGAAGUUUUGGUACGACUCGAUUGACAAGUGCUUCGAUCCUGAAGCAGAUAGAUCGUACGUUAAGGAUCAGCCUGUCCUGCGUGAGCUGCGACGCACAGUGGGCAAUCGAAAGCUGAAUAAAAUAUUUCUACGCCGACUGGUUACAGCACGCGAACGUGCUCCUAAUCAGGCGUUUGAGACACUGCGUGAGCUGGAGGAAUAUGCAGAACAAACAUGCUCCUCAAUGCUCCACCUGCUAGUGGAGCUAAGUGGCAUAAAAGACAUGCAGGUUGAUCAUGCUGCCUCGCAUCUGGGCAAAGCACAGGGCAUUGCAAUGAUGCUUCGAGCCAUACCACACACUGGGCGCCAACAGACAGUCUGUAUACCGCUCGAGGUGCUAGUUCGCCAUGGUGUCAGUCAGGAACGUAUUCUGCGCAGCAAACGUGAUGACAAAGGCGUCGAAGAGUGUGUUUUUGAGGUCGCUAGUGCGGCAAAUGGACAUUUGAAGUUAUCUCGACAGCUGUUGCCACAGAUUCCACGUGUGGUACGAAAAAUAUUUCUGCCUGCCGUGGCAACAGAUGGCUACUUAGAGCGACUGCGGCGGGCGCACUUUAUCCUGACAGAUGCUAGUUGUAUAAAGCGAGACGCUAUUUUACCAGCUCGCCUCUUCUGGAAGACACUCUUUAAUAAAUACUGAAACUGUACUCAUAUUUAGCUUAAAUGUUGACUUCAUUUGUUAAAUUCUAUUAAAGGCAAUUACGUAAAGCUUUGUUUAUUCAAAAAAGGAUCGAUCAUUAUUAUCGAUCUAACUUUGAUCAUCGAUACCUAAUAGUUUCUACUUGUCAAUUAAAACAAAGCGCGGUGUUAACUUUUUUUUUA